UUCACAAAAAACGGACAGCAAGCAAAGGGAAAGUUGGGGAUAUCGUAACGCCGCCCAAGGGUCCAGUUCGGUUCAUAAUUUCGUUCCUAACAACCCAGACCCUCAACAAAAGAAAUUCAACUUCCCUCAUCGGUUUCCGGCUUCCGCCAAUAGGCACUCACAGAUCAGAAAUCAGAUAUCUCAUUAUAAUAUUCCAUCAAUUAAAUAAUUGUACAGCACAGAGAAGGACUUUCCAGGUUCAGUUACAGCAGAGGGAAAAGAGGGAGGUAUCGAAGCUUCUUCAUCAUUGGGACAUCCAAGUUUGAUCUAGCUCUAUGAAUAUCUAAUUUCCUGAUAAGUCUCCCAAGAGGACUCAUCUCCCAGUCACUAAAUCUAUUAUCGCAAGGAAGUAUAGCCAGGAGAGGGUAUGGCCAUACUUUACGCGCUGGUGGCGAGGGGAUCGGUGGUUUUGGCGGAAUUCAGUGCCACGUCGACAAACGCCAGCGCCAUCGCCCGCCAGAUUUUGGAGAAGAUACCAGGAGACAACGAUUCGCAUGUCUCUUAUUCUCAGGAUCGCUAUGUUUUUCACGUCAAGCGCACCGAUGGUCUCACUGUCCUCUGUAUGGCCGACGAAACCGCCGGCAGAAGAAUUCCUUUUGCAUUUCUUGAGGACAUUCAUCAGAAAUUUGUGAGGACAUAUGGACGUGCAGUACAUUCAGCUCAUGCUUAUGGGAUGAAUGAGGAAUUCUCAAGAAUUUUAAGCCAGCAAAUGGAAUAUUACUCUAAUGAUCCUAAUGCUGAUAGGAUAAAUAGACUAAAAGGUGAAAUGAGCCAGGUAAGGAAUGUCAUGAUUGAAAAUAUUGACAAAGUUCUUGAUCGAGGUGAUCGAUUGGAAUUGCUGGUGGAUAAGACUGCUAAUAUGCAAGGAAACACCUUUCGCUUUAGGAAGCAAGCUCGCCGCUUUAGAAGCACAGUCUGGUGGAGAAAUGUUAAGCUUACGAUUGCACUUAUAAUUCUGCUGAUAGUGAUUGUUUAUGUUGUAUUGGCUUUCGUUUGCCAUGGGCUUGCACUACCUUCUUGCCUGAAGUGAAGGGAUUGUCUGAUGAGUUGAAGUGUGCUUCCUUGUCCUUUACAAAUCUGCUUGCAGAGGUUUCUUCCUUACCCUCCAUUGUUCUGCUGAUUUCUAUUGGUUCAGCUUGAAUUUCGGGUGGUUGCUAGUGUCUUCAUUUACUUAGAAGCAAAGUUUUUUGGGUUGUAGUUUUGGUGCAGAGGCUUGACUGGGCGUUUUACAUAUAUUGUAUCUUUAUCCUUAUAAAAUUUGGAUUAAACAGGACAUCGAUUCACAAGUCUUUGAGUUAUGGUACUGCAACUUCUUGUUGGUGUCAAGUAAUUUUCCUUCUACUAACAGGACGUGGAUAGUGUGUUUUCCAUUUUUUCUGUCAUACUACAUGCUGUUAUAUUCUAUUUGAGUUAUAUUUUUUUUCUGUUCCGUA